GUUAUUAAUAAGGGGUUGGAUCCUCUUGUAUCUAAGUAAAGCCCCAGUGAAAUACACACUAUAUUUGAAUGUGCUGUUGAAGCAAUUUCGUUUUCAUUCAACACUGAGUCUUUGACUUAAAUAUAUUAAUGAUUCUAUCACAUCUAAUAAGAGGAAAUAAACUGAACACGGUGGUACUGUCAUAAAUGUAAACAUUCUACGGCAAAUGAUGAAAGAGCUGCUCAGUAGCACAAAGAGCAAGAAGGGAAUGGAACAUACAGUGUUGGACCAAAUCAGAGAUGUGUCCCACUUAGCUGAGGAUGUCAUCGACACAUUCGUAGCCAAAGUUUCCAUUUACAAGACAAGAACCAUUCUCGGGAGGAUGCUCCGUGGCUUUGGCCAAGCAAGGUUGCUCCGCGACGUAGCAGAAAAAAUAGACAAGAUCAAAGCCACUCUCAACGAAAUACGCGACAACAAAAGCAAAUAUGAUGCUUUCAAAGAAACCAAAAAUCAAUCUGCAGCAGAAGAAGAGGAAGAGGAGGAAAGGGCGCAGUCAGUGCAGAAGCUAAAAAGAAAUGUGGAGGAAGAUGACGUGGUUGGCUUUGUCCAAGACUCCAAGGUUGUCAUCACUCGACUCCUGGAAGGUGGUUCAGAUCGUAAUGCUGUCUCGAUCAUUGGCAUGGGGGGAUUGGGGAAGACCACCCUUGCCCGAAAGGUCUAUAACAGCACCCAGGUGAAGCAACACUUCAAGUACCGUGCGUGGGUUUAUGUGUCAAACGAGUGCAGAGUUAAGGAGCUUUUGCUUGGCCUUCUUAAAACCUAAAAGAAAUAAACAUAGCUCUUAUUUUCAGCUUUAA